GGCGCGGCGGCACAAGAUGGCGGCCGCUGGACAGCUCUGGGCUCUGCUCUGCCUGGCGCUGGUGGCCGGCGCGAUCGCGCUGGGGAGGCAGAGCCCGGUGAAGGUGCUGUCGGACGAUAUGUGGCGGGAGCUGCUGCAGGGCGAGUGGAUGGUGGAAUUCUACGCCCCUUGGUGUCCUGCCUGCCAGAAUCUGCAGCCAGAGUGGGAGAAGUUUGCUGAGUGGGGCGAAGACCUGGAAGUGAACAUCGCCAAAGUGGAUGUCACGGAGCAGCCGGGAUUAAGUGGAAGAUUUAUCAUAACAGCCCUUCCCACCAUCUAUCACUGUAAAGAUGGAGAGUUCAGAAGAUACCAGGGUGCAAGAACUAAAACUGAUUUCAUCAAUUUCAUCAGUGACCAGGAGUGGAAAUCUAUUGAACCAGUUUCAUCAUGGUUUGGUCCUUCCUCUUUCCUGAUGAGCAGCAUGUCGGCUCUGUUUCAGCUGUCCAUGUGGAUCAGGCACUGCCAUGGUUAUUUAACAGAGAAUGUUGGGAUGCCAGUGUGGGGCUCCUAUGCUGUUUUUGCCUUGGCAACUCUGUUCUCAGGACUGAUCCUUGGACUUAUGAUGGUCUUCUUAGCAGACUGUAUCUGCCCAUCCAAGAGGCACAGACCCCCACAGUACCCACACUCAAGAAAGCUAGCUCCAGAGUCAGCUCAGCUGCUGAAAAAGCUGGAUGAAGAGCAGGAAGCAGAUGAGGAAGACCUCUCAGAUGAUGAAGCAGAGGGUAAAGAGGUGUCCAACAGAAACUCAUCACCGAACGCUGUCAGGCAGCGCCCAGUGAACGCUGCUGCUGCAGCAGCAGAUAAAUCUUAGCUGUGUUUGCACAUAGAAUUAGUGUUUUGAGUCACCCAACUCAAAAGGAGGUAGAUAAAAUCCUUUGGCUUGAAGAGAAGAGCAACUCCUGUCGCGGUGAUACAGAUGCGAUCAUGGAUUCAGGACACAGGCAAGAAAAGCAGGAUUCAGAUAUUCCAAACUUAAACCAUGCUGUUGCAAAUGGCUGGAACUUCUCCUGGCUGUGUGCAGAGAAGUGCCAAGAAGUAAAUGAUGUAGCUUCUUGAACAACUUGUUCCUUAGGGAUUU